AUGGCAAAAGUAAUAAUUAAUAUUGAUAAUCCAAAGUAUCCAUUAGUUGAUGAUCCUGAAUUGCAUAAUUUUCAAAAGCAACAUAAUAUUUUAAAAUAUGUUUGGCAAAGCAAUUUCUCUUCUCCUGUUGAACCCGCUUUAAAAUCUGGCGGAAAAGCCCUCGAUGUUGGAUGCAGUGUUGGCAUCUGGGCUGCAGAUGUAGGUCAAGAAUAUCCUUCAGCCAGUAUCACAGGUGUUGACAUAGUACCUGAUUUUCCCAAAGAUCAUCCUUCCAAUGUGAAAUUUGAAAAGGCCGAUGUGCUAAAAGGGUUACCGUUUGAAGACAAUAGUUUUGACUUGGUUCAUCAAAAGUUUGGAGCCUUCGCGUUCACCGAACAACAAUUUAAAGAUAAGGUUAUCGAUGAAUAUGUCAGAAUCACAAAGCCUGGUGGUUGGAUUGAACUGAUGGAAUUUGACCAAACAGCUGUUAAUCCUGGCGAAACUUAUAAAAAAUUUCAAACAGCCGGACUCAAUCCUGUUCCAAGUUCGUUUCUUCCUAAAUUGGUUGAAUCUAACAAAGAUUUGACCAACUACAAGUUCAUAGAGCAUCAACAUCCAAUUGGUAAAUGGGGAGGAAAACUUGGUGAAUUGACACUUCAUGAUUGGCUUGAGGUUUACAAUGUUCAUAAACCGGCUUUAACUAGUGUGAUGAAUUGUUCCAGCGAUGAGUAUUCUGAUAUGCUAACACAAUUUUCCAAAGAAGUCGACGAACAAAAAACUUGUUGGAUGCCUCCAACACAAAUCCAAUCUAAUUCAGUAAUAAAUUCACACAAUAUUAAUAACAAUCAUCAAGUUGACUUUCCUGUUGACUCCAUUAUAAGCGAACCUAAACUCUAUGUAAGUGACUUACAAUUUAGUAUCACUGAAAAUGAACUUCGUGACUUAUUUGAGGACAUUCAACCCACAAGUAAAUUGGACGCAUAUAAUACUUAUUUAAGCCUACAUAUUAAUGACCCAACCUCUGGAAUUUAUGACCUACAAACACAAACAAAUGCCCUUAUUUUACAUGUCAGACAAUUAAGUACAACCAACACGAAUAUUAGCUUGUUCAAUAUUUUUAGACCUUAUGGGCCUUUGUUUUCCGUUAGGAUGCAAGUCCAAGAUAACAAAUUUAAAGGUUCUGCUUUCGUACAAUAUUUUAGAAAAGAAGAUGCCGAUAAAGCUGUUGCUAAUCUGAAUUCUAAGGAUAAUAAAGCAAUGAUUGUUCAAUAUCAUCGUCAUAAUAACAAUAAAGCUCCAAAUCGUCCUAUCGUAGAUCCAUGUAAUUUAUUCAUUAAAAACCUCGACUCGAAUAUUUCCAGUAGUGAUCUUUUUAGCCAAUUUCGUAGAUUUGGUAAAAUUAUUAGUGCUCGUGUAAUGCGAGACCAAGAAACCGGCAAUUCUAAAGGAUUUGGUUUUGUUAGUUAUUCCAGUUCUGAAGAAGCUGACAAAGCUAAACAAUCUAUGCACGGUAAAACUCUUGGUGCUAAACCAAUUGUUGUAAGACUUCACGAACCUAAAAAAUUACGUGAGGCUAAAUUGGCAAAUCAAUUCAGCCCUAACACCGGUGGUAGUGCCCGUAAAGAAGUUUUAAUGUCUGAAUUGCAAAAACGAUUUAAAAAUAUUCCAAGUGUUCCUCAUGAUGAAGUUAAUUAUAUAAUUGAAUAUCUAUUAAAUUUGAAAACUCCUGAAGUUUUGCAUAUUUUGAAAGACGCUACUGCUUUACAAUAUAGGAUAACAGAAGCUAGACAAAAACGGCGCGGCAUUUCACAAAAAGAAAAAUUCCAUAAGGCUAUUUUGAAAAUUUGCCCAGGAAACGUUGACGAGAUCCUUGAGUUGAUAUUGACUUUGAGUACUAAGGAGAGAAGAUCGUGUUACUUUAAUGCUGAAUAUUUGAAUAAAAGAAUCCAUGAAGCAAUCCAAGCAUUGGAAGUUGUUACCAACGAUGAUAAUUUAUCAUGUUCCCCUAAAUCAACUGCACCAUCAACUGAAAUUACUCCAAUUUCCACUCCUCCGUUUAUUAAAUCAACUGAAUCCUUAAAUAUUACCAAUAAAACUACUUAUAAUGUGAAGACCAUCAAUCCAAUUACGUCAACUACCACCACCUCUCCCACCUCUUCUUCUACUCGUAAUAGUGAAUGGGAUGAAAUUCAACAAUUUAUGGAUAGCAUUAAAUUUAAACCUGUUCAUGAAAGAAAACAAAAAUUGGGUGAUCGUUUAUUCCGUAAAGUUAAGAGCCUUGGACUCAAAAGUGCUAUGGCUAGCAAGGUUACAAUUAAUCUUUUAGACACUGACGACUUGUAUGAAUUGGCUCAUUCCAUGAAUGAUAAUGAUAAGUUUAGAGAAAAAGUCGCUGCUGCUGAAAGAGCUGUAAACGCAAAAUAA